UGGAUUUCCCCUUCUCCUCCCCUCCUGUUGGAAGCCUCGGGUCAGCACCUCUGUGCGGCCACUCGCACCCGGGACGCGGAAGCUCGGCGGCAGCUACUGGUGACGGCCGCAGCGACACAGCUGGACGUGAGCCGUCCUAGAAGAGCCGAGGAGACGCCACUUCUACCCGCUGCGCUCCACCAAGGCUGCAGCUGAGCUGGGAACGGCAACGGGUGGUGCAGGCCCCGAAACCAAGCUCCUCCCGUGAGAAGGUGGACGGUCCCGAGGAGCCUGCUCAGCAGGUGUUCAGAGGGACGGGAGGAAGCGCAGAGAGACGAGGCAGAGACAAGCGAUCUGUAGAGAAGACGAGGGAACCGGGCGUAAAAAGGAACGAAACGAUGCUGUUUGUAGCAACGAGACCAUCACAGGAAGCGAAGGAAAUCAGACGGAGGGGAGAACUAUCGCUCGGUGCCACUUACAUGCGGAAUAAAAAACAACACAGAGGAACUCAUUUACAAAACAGAAACAGAUCCGCAGAUGCGGAAAACAAACAGGAUUGCCAAAAGGGAAGGGAGGGAGGGAUAAAUUAGAAGCUUGGGAUUAACACAUGGGCACUACUGGAUAUAAAAUAAUCAACAAGGACCCACUGUAUAACACAGGAAACUAUAGUCAGUAUCGUGUAACAGUCUGUAAGAGGAAAGACUCUGGAAAUAGAUACACGUUGGCAUGUAUAACUGAGUGAUUUGCUGUACGGCUGAAACUAACACAGCAUUAUGCAUCAGCUGCACUUCGAUUUAGAAAGCAGACGGUGGGCGGCUGGCCUCUGACAGCGCAGAGCGGGUGCUGCACGGGGGCGGCCUCACAGAGGACAGGCAGUGCCCGAGGAGAGCUCCCAGUCAGCGCUGGGUCCUGGACGCCCGAGGCUUUGCUCCGUGGAACGUCCGUGGGCCGUGAGUUGUGGGCAGAAUGACAGCCCCGAGGAGACCAACUCUCCAACCCUGAACCUGUGGCUCUGGGACCUCACCCGGCAAAGUGGGGUUUGCAGAUGUAGUUAGGUCAAGGCCCCUGAGGUGGAGACAUCGUCCCGGAUUAUCUAGAAGGGCCCAUUGCAAUCAAAAGGGUCCCUAUAAGCGAUGGGGAGGGUUAGAGUGAAAGGAAAAGUGCAGUGUUGGACGUGAGAAGGCGGAAGGACAUCAGGGUCUGUGAGCCAAGGAGUGUAGGCAACCUUCAGAAGCUGGAAAAGCAAGGCCUGCUGAUAACAAGUGCGACUCCACGCGGGAGGCUCCGUCCUAACAGGAGUGGUCAGCGCUGCCCCGGAGACGAACACAGGACAGGACAUAACCCUCAGGAUCUGAAUUCCCACAACGACUCCCGCGCCCCCAGCCCCCGCCCCACCCCACCAGUGGUUGCUGCUGUUGUGAGCGCUGACAGAUACGCUUUCACUUUCUCAUUUGGAAACAGUAACCAGAGGAGGCUACUGAAUAAUCCAGUCGCAUCCGCGAAUCAGCGCUUGACGGGCUCCGGGCCAGAUGCCCCUCACUCCGGGGUUUGCAAGGACAUCUCAUCCUUUGUCUCCAUGGAGUGCAGCCUGCGAGCCCAGCUCUGUACAGAGGUGCAGGACUUAGAGCCCUGGGAUUUUAAAUGGUGGCAAAGACUUCACAGCUUUUACCUCUCUGCCUGUUUGUUCUAUUAUUCGUCCUGGUCACACGUUUUGAUGGUGAAGGCAUAGAGAGCAGAGCCAACCCCAAUUAUAAUUGGGUCCCGGUGGGAAAACACGCCCGUCACUGUGCUCUGCUUCAUAACGAGGAUUUCAUUAACAGGUUUGGGAAUCCUGAAGCCUGUCUGGUGGAAACCAAGCCAGAGAGCCCCUCCCGCCAAAUCACUGUUUUCCUGCGGUCUGGCGGGCGGGCUGUAUUGCAAAGAGCCACACCCUUCCUCUUCCCUAGUCUGCGCCCCCGCCUCCCCCCACAUCCUUGUCUGCCCCUAGAUAGAUGCUUGAGUAGGGUCAACCCAGCCGCCCUGGGCGAGUUGGUAAGAUCCACUCCUUCAGCACCCAGGGGAGAGGGAGGCUCUGCAGAAAACAGGCUUUGUUCUUUUAACAAAAAGCAGCAGCAAAGAAUCAGUCAUGAGACUGUCCGGACAACACCCCACCUCCCAGCGCCUUCCUCCUGGAACCCGCUCACCCUCAGCCCAGAACCACAGCCCAGAUCCACAGUCGAGCAGGCUUCCAGGAGCCCGCUCACCCUCAGCUCAGACCCUCAGCUCAGACUCACAGCAGAGGAGGCCUGCCACCCUCUACAGACCUAUAGCGGAGCAGGCUUUCUGGAGCCUGCUCACCCUCAGCUCAGACCCACAGCGGAGCAAGCAUCCUGGAGCCCAGUCAAGCUCAGCUCAGACCCUCAGCUCAGAUCCACAGUGGAGCAAGCCUCCUGGAGCCCGCUCACCCUCAGCCCAGAUCCACAGCUCAGACUCACAGCAGAGGAGGCCUGCCACCCUCCACAGACCUAUAGCAGAGCAGGCCUCCUGGAGCUCAUGCACCCUCAGCCCAGAACCACAGCCCCGACCCACAGCGGAGCAGGUCUGGAGCCCACUCACCCUCAACUCAGACCCACAGCAGAGCAGGUCUGGAGCCCACUCACCCUCAGCUCAGACCCACAGUGGAGCAGGCCUGGAGCCCGCUCAUACUCAGCCUGGAUUCACAGUGGAGCAGACCUCCUGGAGCCUGCUCACCCUCAGCCUGGAUUGACAGCAGAGCAGAAGACUUCUUGCCCUAAAGCUGGCCUCAGCUGCCAAACACGACGUUAGGACCAAGAGCACAGACAUACAGGUGCUUCUAAAGCCAGCUUUUGCUCUUGGAAGAAACCUUCUCUCAUGCCAUAUAAAGUACUCAAGAUGGUUCCGGAAAACAGGCUUCAAGAGUUCAGCCGUGCCCCGAGAGGGGAGCCUUCCAUCUCCGAGGCCCAUUGCCAACAGCGAGCAGACUCUGCCGUGGCCCUCUCGUCCACCAAAGGCAAGCUGGGCCUCCCAGCCGCUCAGACUUGUUCGGCUUGUUCCCUCGUUGAGCCAACAGUGCAUCAAUGUGAGCCAUUAAACUGUGCAUCACUCUUCGUGGCUGGCUGACUGUCCGUCCCCCCCUCCCUCCGUCCAUCCAACCAGCGCGUCACCCAUUUUCCCGUCCAUCCCUUCCUCCUUCUCUGCAUCUUUCUCCCCCUCCCCACCCUGCCACGUUCUUCCAUCACCCCUCCCUCCAUCCUUCGGUCUGUCCAUACAUCCAUCUGUCCAUCCAUCCUCUCCAUUAGUCCAGUAAAAACUCAAGCCAGCCUGCCAGUGUUGCUAGAACUGUUCAGACACUUGGAGGGAGGCAGAGAAAGAAGAUAACAAAACAGGGCAGAGAAAAGAAAAAUGGAAGAAGAAAUAAAGAAAAGAUAAGUGAAUUUACUCCAAUUAUUUUAUUAGAAAUUUUAUUAUGAUGCAUAGCAUAGCAGUAAAA